CGUCCGCCAUGACAGAUCAGACCUACUGUGACCGCCUGGUGCAGGACACACCUUUCCUGAUGGUCCAAGGGCGCCUGAGUGAGCAGCAGGUGGACAGGAUUAUCCUUCAGCUGAAUCGCUACUACCCACAGAUCCUCACCAAUAAGGAGACCCAAAAGUUUCGAAACCCCAAGGUGUCCCUGCGCCUACGACUCUGUGACCUCCUGAGCCACCUGCAGCGGAGCGGUGAGCGGGACUGCCAGGAGUUCUACCGAGCCCUGCACAUCCACGCCCAGCCCCUGCACAGCUGCCUGCCCAGACGCCACACGCUGCAAAACUCAGAUUGCACAGAGUUCGACUGGGGCGGCAAGAGCCACGAGCUGAGUGACCAGGGACCCAUGAGCUUCCUGGCGGGCCUCGGCUUGGCCGCUGGACUGGCCCUCCUCCUCUACUGCUGUCCUCCAGACCCCAAAGUGCUGAUAGGGGCCCGGCGUAUCCUUGGCAUCUCACCUGUCAUCAUCGAUAGGCAUGUCAGCCGCUAA